AUGAGUUUUCUUGGUGGUUUUUUGGGUCCCAUUUGUGAGAUCGAUGUUGUCCUUAAUGAUGGAGAAACCAGGAAAAUGGCGGAAAUGAAAACAGAAGAUGGCAAAGUAGAAAAACACUAUCUUUUCUAUGAUGGGGAAUCUGUUUCAGGAAAGGUAAACCUAGCUUUUAAGCAACCUGGAAAGAGGCUAGAGCACCAAGGAAUUAGAAUUGAAUUUGUAGGUCAAAUUGAACUUUUCAAUGACAAGAGUAAUACUCACGAAUUUGUAAACCUAGUGAAAGAACUAGCCUUACCUGGAGAACUGACCCAGAGCAGAAGUUAUGAUUUUGAAUUUAUGCAAGUUGAAAAGCCAUAUGAAUCUUACAUCAGUGCCAAUGUCCGCUUGAGGUAUUUUCUUACAGUGACAAUAGUAAGAAGACUGACAGUCUUGGUAAAAGAAUAUGAUCUUAUUGUUCACCAGCUUGCCACCUAUCCUGAUGUUAACAACUCUAUUAAGAUGGAAGUGGGCAUUGAGGAUUGUCUACAUAUAGAAUUUGAAUAUAAUAAGUCAAAGUAUCAUUUAAAGGAUAUGAUUGUUGGAAAAAUUUACUUCUUAUUAGUGAGAAUAAAGAUCCAACAUAUGGAGUUACAACUGAUCAAAAAAGAGAUCACAGGAAUUGGAUCCAGUACCACAACGGAAACAGAAACAAUCGCUAAAUAUGAAAUAAUGGAUGGUGCACCAGUAAAAGGUCAAUCAAUUCCAAUAAGACUAUUUUUAGCGGGAUGUGACCCCACUCCAACAAUGAGAGAUGUGAACAAAAAAUUUUCAGUAAGGUACUUUUUGAAUCUAGUCCUUGUUGAUGAGGAAGACAGAAGGUACUGCAAGCAGCAGGAAAUCAUUUUAUGGAGAAAAGCUCCUGAAAAACUGAGGAAAUAGAGAACAAAUUUUCACCAGCGAUUUGAAUCACCAGAAUCACAAGCAUCUGCUGAACAGCUUGAAAUGUGAAGUGAAUGGGGAAAAAAAAAGAAAAACAAAGCCCUCCUAUAUCCACUGAGAUUAAGUUUGGCAGGAUAAAGAUGGUUGCAGUAUGUAUGGGGGGGAGGAAAGGCCAAAAGUCCAUUUAUAAUAGUCUUCCUUUAUCUUACAGUGCUGCAUUUAUUU